AUCAGCUUUGCAGUUACUAUCAGCAGAUCAGAUAAAAAUUAUUCCCUAACUUUUGCCACAACGGUGCAUCUCUUCAGUCACGGCAGUUCCAGAACACGAAGACAUACUCUCCGCAAUGAUAUCUGUUAAAUUGUCGUUCUUCAAAAGAUAUCUCAUCCUCCUACUGGUCGUCGCUUUGGGACUCUUCAUCUACCAGGGAGCACUGCCUAGAAUUCCGCAGUUUUCCUACUGGAAAAGCGUUCUAGAUUAUGGUAGAGACUUUCUGUCCAGUGAGCAGCAGAAACCGUUACCAUGGUGGGACGGAGGCGACUGCCGUUGCCAUGGCAACUCCUGCUUUCCUGAGGAGGCUCCCAGCCUCUCCUGGGAGGACGCAGGCGGGGCCUGCGGCCGGAGGGCGUGGUUGGCAGGCGGAGGGCAGAAGGUGAUCAGUUUCGCCCUGUUUGGGAAUAAGUCGCAGUACUGGAGAGCGUUUGGGAAGAACCUCAACGCGACACGAGUCAUGUACCCUGACUGGGUCGUGUGGCUUUACACUAAUCCUCGCGGCCGGGAAAAUGUCCUCUGCCCACUCCUGCGUGAUUUUCCUCACUUCUACAUCUGUGACGUCACCAACUUGCCUUCGCUGGGAAAUGUGACUUCAAUACACAACAUGGUUUGGAGAACGCUGCCUCUUGGUGACGAAAGAGUGUCUGCCUUUUUCGUCCGAGACACCGACUCGCUUCUCCUGGAACGAGGGGCUGCAGCGGUGAGGGAAUGGAUGUCGGGAAACAAAAGCUUCCACUUGCUGAGGGACCAUCCGAACCAUGGGAUUCCUGUAAUGGGAGGGCUGUGGGGCGCCCGCUGGGACCUCAAGACGCAUAACGUUUCAGAAUUCAGGAAGAAGCUCACUGGUAUCAGAAACGCGUUGAUAAAAGCAGCCAAAGGAGAGUUCAAGAAGGGCGUUGAUCAACGCAUCUUAUCGAAAGUGUUGUACCCGAAGACGAAAGGCGAUGUCAUGUCCCACGAUAGUUUCUUCUGCAAGAAAUACCCAGAUGGUUUCAGACCUUUCCCGAAGCAGCGUGAGAAAGGCCAUUACUUGGGGAAUUACAUGGGUAGCAGAGACAAGGAUACACUAAUUGUUAAAACACCCUGCCCAGUGGCCUGCCGUCCUAAGAAUCAUCAGAACUGGACAUACUGCUGAAUUGAAUUUCCAAUAGUGAUAAACCGUUGGAUAUCGUGCUAUCAAGAUCUCUACAUUGGUAUUGCUUCAUGUUUUAUCACUAUAAGGAAUCUCUGCUUAUAGAAAGAAGGUCUGGUGAUUUUUUUCCCUUGUUCGUGCGAGUAGGGAAAGGGUUAGCGAAGGGCAGUCCUGGCGUCCUUUGCUCUAUAUUUUAUUGGCUAGAUUUACUAGACUAACCGAGUUCAGUGUUGAGUGAAAACAUCAAAGAAGCUUACUUAAAGUUACUCAGGACAUUGUAAGAAGAACAAUUGUGAAAAUUGUCUCGACAACGUAUAUACAUACGUAAUUAACUAUUUACACAUAUAAGUACAAUGCAAAUAUAUAUGCUUACCUAUAUCAAUACAUACAUAAAUAAAAACCUUAAUGCAUACCAACAUUAAUUUACACAUACACAUAAAUACAUACAAACAUAAAUACUAGACAAAAUAUACAUACCUCAAAGACUAAAGACCCUUUAUGUAACAUCUCUGAAACCCGGAAGUUUAAUACAUCCUCAAAUAUGUCUUUACGCACGUGUAUUUCACGUAGUCUCAGAUAGGGAUAUAUAUUUUCACUGAUUACUAAUCGUAUCGUCUGUUUGUUGAUACAAAAGUCAUAUAAAAAGAUACAUAAAAUCCUUCUGUGUCUUUUAAGCAUUACAUCUAAUACAAUUCAUUCAAAUAUUUGUAAUAUUUGAAGUAAAUAAAGACUGUCGCUGAAACGACAUGGUAAGAAUUUUCAACGAGUCUGAGUCAUGUAUGGUGUUGACUUCGGUGGGAUGAAUAUUUUCAUGAUCAUAAUAUAUCUCACUGAUAUAACCUCAAAACCUCAAAAAUACAACGUAGGGCUCUGUGAUCUGUUCAAUUGACAUAUUACAGUCACUAAGACAAGUAAAAGCCUGUGGACAAGGGAACAAUCCAGUUGUUUACGAUUCGGACUGAAUGUGAACAUGUAGCUCGUUGCGAUGAAUGAUGGAUAAGAUAAAAAUACAAAAUUUCAAGUAACAUUUUCCACUUACCUUGUGAAGAACAAUGGGUGUAAUAAGCAAAAGGAUUUUUUUUUUCUGUAUCUGAGGAAUAAGCACAUUUGAAAGUUUCUACAGCCUUGUGAAGCGAAUAACGAUGUUUGUAAGCAAGUUGCACAGUAGUCAGUUAUAUUUUCUAUUUUAUUUAAAAUUUCCAAAAUGUUUGGCGUGUAAUUAAAACUCAUAAUAACAUA